AUGCCUUCCACGUUCACUCACGAGUUCAAUACGCCCGCUUUCAAAGGAAAAGUUUCCUUCAACACUGGUCUCUUCAUUAACGGCCAGUUCGUGGAUGGAUCAGACGGCGCUAUUAUUGACGUCAUCAACCCGACAAAUGGAAAGGUGGUAACAUCAGUAUCCGAGGGUACGCCCAAGGAUGUAGACGUCGCCGUUGACGCUGCGCACAAAGCCUUCGACACCGUCUGGGGUCUCCAUGCACCCGGCACUCAGCGUAGCAUUUUGAUGUCGAAGCUUGUUGCCCUCAUGGAGAAGAAUGCUGAUGAGCUUGCCGCUCUGGAGGCAUUGGACAAUGGCAAGACUUUCAGUUGGGCAAAGAACGUUGAUGUUGCUGGUUCCAUCGAUUGUAUUCGCUACUAUGCUGGUUGGGCUGACAAGGUUACUGGUCAAGUACAAGAGACCACAGAGAACAAGCUCACCUACACUCGCCACGAACCUAUCGGUGUUGUCGGCCAAAUCAUCCCAUGGAACUUCCCAUUGCUCAUGAUGGCCUGGAAACUUGGCCCUGCUCUUGCAUGCGGUAACACAAUCGUUCUAAAACCCUCAGAAUUCACACCCCUGACUGCCAUCCGAAUGUGCCACCUUAUCAACGAGGCUGGCUUCCCGCCUGGUGUCGUCAACGUUAUCACCGGUUACGGACACACUGUCGGUAAUGCCAUCUCUUCGCAUAUGAAGGUAGAGAAGGUCGCCUUCACUGGCUCAACCCUUGUCGGUCGUAAGAUCAUGGAGGCUGCUGCGAAGAGCAACCUCAAGAACGUUACCCUCGAGCUCGGCGGAAAGAGUCCAAACAUCAUCUACGAUGAUGCUGACCUCGAACAGGCUGUUAACUGGUCGGCAUUCGGUAUUUUCUGGAACCACGGUCAGACGUGUUGUGCAGGUUCACGUAUCUACGUGCAAGAAGGGAUCUACGACGAAUUCCUUAAACGCUUCACGGAGAAAACUCGGUCGCUCAAGGUCGGCGACCCAUUUGCCCCUGACACGUUCCAGGGUCCUCAGGUCUCAGAGGUUCAAUUCAACCGUAUCAUGUCUUACAUUGAGUCCGGAAAGGAGGCUGGUGCCAAGGUUGAGAUCGGUGGCGAGCGCCAUGGAACUGAGGGUUACUUCAUCAAGCCCACCAUCUUCACCAAUGUCAACCCAUCGAUGAAGAUCGUCCAGGAGGAGAUUUUCGGUCCCGUUGGUGUUGUCAUCAAGUUCAAGGAUGAGGACGAUGUGAUCAAGCAGGCAAAUGACACCGUCUACGGUCUUGCCUCUGCUGUCUUCACCCAGAACCUGAACCGUGCUAUCAACACUGCGCACAGACUCAAGGCUGGAACUGCAUGGAUUAACUGCGUUAACUCGUUGCACUCCAAUGUACCAUUCGGCGGUUUCAAGCAGAGCGGUAUCGGUCGUGAGCUUGGCGAGUAUGCCCUCUCUAAUUACACUGCGGUGAAGGCUGUCCACAUCAACCUCGGCCACAAGAUGUGAACUGGUGGGAACGACAUACGAAACAGGGUGCAGGUUUGAGCGCGAUGCACGUGUAUUAUCUUCUCUCAUUGCAUUUACUACUAUGUAACGAUAUAUGAUGCUUUCAAAUUGCAAAUUCUCAUUAGCGGAAGUGAUCAGGAAAGACUCAUAGAGAACAAAAUAUAAGGAAGAAUGCGCACUCGAAUAACUAGAGCUUGGGCCUUAAUGGCAAGAAUGUCGGGGAUCCCUUUAAUUUGGCCAUUCCCGCUUUGACUGCCUGCUCUAAAUC